UGCAUCUCUGCUGAGGAAGACCCUGACUGCAUCUUUAAUCAGAUUCCUUGAGCUCCCAUGCACAACCACCUUCUUAUUAGCAAGUAUUAGAGAUGGCUAACAGAGGACCAAGCUAUGGCUUAAGCCGAGAAGUUCAGGAAAAGAUUGAACAGAAAUAUGACCCGGAAUUAGAGUCUAGGCUGGUGAACUGGAUUAUUGUACAGUGUGGAGAACAGAUAGAGCACCCUCCUCCUGGCAGGCAACAUUUUCAGACCUGGUUGAUGGAUGGAACGCUGUUAUGCAAGUUAAUAAACAGUUUACAUCCAAAGGGAAAUGAGCCCAUUGCAAAGAUCUCUGAAUCAAAAAUGGCUUUCAAGCAGAUGGAACAAAUUUCUCAGUUCUUAAAAGCUGCUGAAAUCUACGGAGUAAGAACAACAGAUAUUUUCCAGACAGUGGAUUUAUGGGAAGGGAAGGACAUGGCAGCAGUGCAGAGAACCUUAAUGGCUCUAGGCAGUUUGGCAGUCACCAAGGAUGACGGCUGCUACAAAGGGGAUCCAUCCUGGUUUCACAGGAAAGCACAGCAGAAUCGACGAGGAUUUUCAGAAGAGCAGCUUCGUCAGGGACAGAACGUAAUAGGCCUUCAGAUGGGCAGCAACAAAGGAGCAUCACAGUCGGGUAUGACAGGCUAUGGGAUGCCAAGGCAGAUUAUCUAAAAGCAUCUCUGUCUGUAGAGAAAACACUCCUUCUGCAGCAUGGUCUGUUAAAAAAAAAAAAAGAAAAGAAAAAAAAAGCUCAUUAGUUCCCUUUCUGCCUGGUUUUUAAUAGUUAGCGCUCUCUAAGGUUUGGGGUUUUUUUGGUUUGGUUUCUUUGAUUUGCAGCUGCAAGAGUUCAUCUAGGAACUUGGGUUUUCGUGGUGGUGUGUGUCAGUUCACAGCAUGUGCGCACUGCUGCCUCCUACUUUUCACUUCUGAACUAUGCAAAGACAAUUAUUCUGUAUUAAUUUAUUUGCAAAGUGUUAUCUUCCAUAUUUGUCUCACACCGCACUUGUAUUUCAACCAGUAACCUCGUUCUUCAAUUCAGUGAUGAUAUUGUUUGACCUAAGA